UACCCGGCCGGCGGAUCCCUCGGGGCGGCCAGGGGGAGCUGGGCACGCCGGUGCCGAUGUCGGGGUCGGUUCUGGUGCUGGUGUCGGUCUGUCUUCUGUGGCUCCGUGGCAGCCUGCCUGGCAGAGCUCAGCAUCUGGCUCUGCCCAUGGCUUUGCCGUGUACUGCCCCACAGCAGCGCGAGAGGGUCCCCCACACACCAGAGCCCUCCACGCCAGGCCAGAAGAGCUGCCCAGGGCCAGUAGGACCCCAGGAGCCCCCCGCUGCUCCCCAUGCAGCUCACGGCCCAGUGGAGGGAUGUCCCAGCCACGUCUCCUCAGCAUCCUGCUGCUGCUGCUCUGCUGCCAGGGCCCUUCUGCCCAGAUCACAGAUUUCCUCUUUGAGAGCUGGAAGGCGUACAGCGAGGAGUGCCACCGCAACAUGAGCCGCCUGCCCGCACCCACAGAGCUGGUCUGUAACCGCACCUUUGACAAGUUCUCCUGCUGGCCCGACACGCUGCCCAACAGCACCGCCAGCGUCCCCUGCCCCUGGUUCCUGCCCUGGUACCACAAAGUGAAGCACCGACACGUCUUCAAGACCUGCGGGCCGGAUGGGCAGUGGGUGACAGGCCCCCGAGGACAGUCCCUGCGCAAUGCCACACAGUGCAAUCUGGAUGCUGAGGACCUGGAGGCACAGGAAAAAUUCGCCAAGACCUACGGCAGCUUCAAGGUGAUGUACACUGUGGGCUACUCAGUGUCACUGUGUGCGCUGCUCCUCGCCCUGGCCCUGCUACUGGGCUUCAGCAAGCUGCACUGCAUGAGGAACUACAUCCACAUGAACCUCUUCGCCUCCUUCAUCCUGAAGGGCGUCUCCGUGCUGGUCAUCGACGCCCUCCUCAAGACCCACUACAGUGACAAGAUCGAUGACUACAAUGUGCACAUCUGGCUGAGCGACGAGGCAGCUGCGGGCUGCCGGACAGCCACAGUCUUCAUGCAGUACGGCAUUGUGGCCAACUACUGCUGGCUGCUGGUGGAGGGCAUCUACCUGCACAACCUCCUGGUGGUGGCUGUCUUCUCUGAGAGGAGCUACUUCACCCUCUACCUGUGCAUUGGCUGGGGGGCGCCUGUGCUGUUCCUCAUCCCCUGGAUCGUCGUGAAGUUCCUUUAUGAAAAUAUCCAGUGCUGGACCACCAAUAACAACAUGGGCUUCUGGUGGAUUCUUCGCUUCCCUGUGUUCCUGGCCAUCCUGAUCAACUUCUUCAUCUUCAUCCGCAUCAUCCAGAUCCUGGUCUCCAAGCUCCGUGCCCACCAGAUGCGCUAUACUGACUACAAGUUCAGGCUGGCUAAGUCCACUCUGACAUUGAUCCCGCUGCUGGGCAUCCAUGAGGUGGUCUUCGCCUUUAUCACAGAUGAGCAUGCCCAGGGCACCCUACGCUAUGUCAAGCUCUUCUUUGACCUGUUCCUGAGCUCCUUCCAGGGGAUGCUGGUGGCCAUUCUCUACUGCUUUGUCAACAAGGAGGUGCAGGCAGAGCUGCUGAAGCGGUGGCAGCGCUGGAAGCUGGGGAAGGACCUGGCGGAGGAGUACAAGCACACCUACAGCCAUGCACCCAGUGCCCGCAAUGGUGCCGGCAGCAUCUGUGAGAAGCAUCAGCUGGUGGUGGGUGGCUGUGGAAACGGGCUGGGGCACAGCCUGGCUGCCCCUCACCCCGGCACCCACUACCUCGAGACCACUGGAGACAGCACGGCUGAGCCCCUCGCCCUGGAGGCCCAGCACCACUGCUAUGACUUCCCCGAGACCACGGCUGAGAGCCAGUUCUGAGCCUGCAGCUGGAGCGAGAGGGCUGAGCCACAGGGGCAGCUGCCCUCCCCCUCCUCAGCCCUGUCCUGCCCCAGUGGGGCUGCCGGGCACUGGACAAUAGAGACGGGGGGCUGGCUGCGGGUGAGGCACAGCCAGGAGAACCUGGACCUCGGUGGGAAGGGGAUCUUGGGGGUGGGGGGGUCUGUGUGUUGGGUGGGGGGAGUUCAUCCUGUGGUGCUGCCUCAUGCGAUGCGCCUUUGUGACCCUCUGCACAGUGCUGUAAUUUAUCUGUUGUAAUUGUAAAUAGGUGUGGGCCCAGGCUGGGCUGCAGGGCCAGCUCUGCAUGUGCUUCUCUGUCUGCAGCCAGUGCGCGGGUCUGGGCACCCAGGUGACAGCCACAGCCAGGGAGGGGAGGCAGAC